AUGGUAUCCGCCAUACUCUCAUCCCUGUCCGGCUUGGACACGGUCGAAAUCCUCGCCGUGCUCCUGCUGCCGGUAGUGCUAUACAUCGUCGCCGCACCCAAAGGGCAACAGCUGCCGCUGAUCAAUGGGAGAAAAGCGUUUGAGUUCUCCGACAGUGCCAGCAAGAAACGGUAUUUGAGCGAUGCCCCGCAGAUGAUCAAAGAUGGACUGCGCAAGGCUGAUGUCUUCCGCCUCAUCUCUGAUAAUGGACCAACUAUUGUGCUUGCGCCGAAAUACGCUAAAGAAAUCCGAAGUCAUCCUGCGCUGGACUUUAACGGCCCUAUCGCGAGGGACUUCCACGCCCAUAUCCGCGGCUUUGAGCCGUUCAAAACAGGGACGCGAAGUGACGAGCUAGUCCAAACGGCCGUUCGGACGAAGCUUACGCAGUCACUGGGAGGUAUUACAGCGCCUCUUUCCGCGGAGGCGUCCAUCGCAUUCGAGAAGGAAUGGACAGACAACAAUGUAACGUCUGCAGAAUGGCACGACAUGGUCCUGAAGUCAAGCAUCCUUAAAAUCGUCGCACAGCUGUCAUCCAGGGUUUUCCUCGGCGACCAAAUCUGCCGUAACCCAGAGUGGCUUCGCAUCACCGUUAGCUAUACCGUCGACGCCUUUCUCGCUGCACAGGAUCUGAGACAAUGGCCUGAGUUGAUACGCCCCCUGGUAGCCCGCUUCCUACCUUCCUGCCGCAAGGUUCGACGCGAACUCGAUGAAGCAAGAGAUAUUAUAAAGCCGGUGUUGGAAGAGCGACGAGAGGCGAAGGAUUCUGAAACUACGGAACGCUUCAACGAUGCCAUGCAGUGGAUGGAUGAUGUUGCAAAGGGUCGUCCGUAUGACCCUGCUGUCGCGCAAAUGUCGUUCUCCCUCGCUGCGAUCCAUACGACUUCUGAUAUGUUGACGCAAGCCAUCUAUGAUCUGUGCGGUAAAGAGGACCUCGUUCAAGCCCUCCGCGACGAACUCAUUGCAGUCGUCAGUGAAGAUGGAUGGAAAAAGCAGACUUUAUAUAAAUUGAAACUCAUGGACAGUGUCCUGAAAGAAAGCCAACGGCUGAAGCCCAUUGCUAUUGCUUCCAUGAGACGACUCGUCACACAAGACAUCACGCUCUCCGACGGAACAUUCCUGCCCAAGGGAACAACCACCCUCGUAUCCGGCGACAGAAUGCAAGACCCAAGCGUGUAUCCCGACCCCGAGACCUUCGACCCCUAUCGAUUCCUGAAACUACGCGAAACCCCCGGCCAGGAAACAUCUGCCCAGCUGGUAUCUCCCUCGCCCGAACAUCUCGGAUUCGGAUACGGCAACCAUGCCUGUCCAGGCCGUUUCUUUGCGGCGAAUGAGGUGAAGAUCGCUCUUGCACAUAUCCUGCUGAAGUAUGACUUCCAAGUGGCGCCUGGGGCUGCUAAGCCGAGUGUGAGACGGUCUGGGCUGGGUGCUAAUGCCGAUUACAUGGCGAAGAUUGCCAUCAGACGGCGCAAGGAGGAGAUCGCGCUGUGA